CCUUAGGUCUUGUCCCCGCCCUACUCUCCGGUUAUUUUGUUAGAUAUAGGCGCCUCGCAUUUUGCAAUACACAUAGAAUAAUGUAUCAAGCUACCUACUAAAUACAACGAGAACACUAGCGAUACUCUGCUAUCACAAGAAUCGUAGUUUUCAACAGCCUACCCCGGUAGUAUGCAUCCUCGGCAUCCACGUCGCACCUUAGAGGAACUAAUAAGAUGAUACCCUUGUCUUUAGAACCCCGCGCUCUGCUCGCACACUUCGCCCACACCGUACUAUCGUCUCACUUGUCGUCAUAGGACACUCGAAAUAAAACCGGGGUACCAUGUAGUGUAAAGUUCGGUGUAUGAUUGUCAAGACAGCAGCGUGCCAAGGCAUGGUAGUCGAUUGGACAAUGGGGGUGAAUGGUGGAUUAACGCCGCCUAAACCCUAGAAGGAGGGGAUACGGGUCGACAGCAACGGUAUCGCAGCAGCCAUGGACAGGCCUAGAUACUGUAUCCUGGUUCUUCCUGUGCCUCUAACGGAGAUGACUAUUCACCAGGAACCACCAAGGCAAGGAUAUGCGCGAUAAAGCAUUGGUGAUAAAUUGAUUGUACGAUCUCUCGCCUUUUAGUUUGCCCUUCACAAAACCUAAAUUCCAAGGCCGAUCGGCGCAAAAUACUCUUCAAGAUCUAUCAUGACCGUCUCGUGAAAUCAAUAUACCCUAUACUCACCAUGACGAGCAUCAUCAAACACGUGUCGGGGCUGUUCCGCAUUACUCAUCAAUUUUUACUUCCAUCGAAACCCGUCCUAAUUGAGAAAGAUGUACCUGAUUUGAAGGGCAAAGUCACCAUCGUCACAGGAUCAAAUACAGGUCUCGGCAAAGAGAUCGCCCAGAUUCUCUAUUCCAAGAAUGCCAAAGUUUACAUGCUGGCACGCUCUGAGGAGAAAACCAAGAAGGCUAUAGAUAGUAUCAAGACUGCCGUGCCGGAUUCUGAUGGCGAGCUGAUAUACCUGCACCUCGACCUCGCCGAUCUCCCCAGUAUAAAAUCAACUGCCCAGGAGUUCCUCCGGCGGGAGUCUCAGCUCCAUCUGCUCUUCAACAAUGCUGGCGUCGCGUUUCCCCAAGCGGGCGCGAAGACCAAACAGGGAUACGUGCUCGAAAUUGGUGUGAACUGUCUAGGAACCUUCGCUAUCACCAAGCUCCUGACGCCUACCAUCAUUGCUACUGCCAAGGUCUCCCCCCCAAACAGCGUUCGCGUGAUUUAUGUCUCAUCAAACGCAUCGGAGGGAUUCAGCCCCGAGAACUUUGUGCAGAGCGUCUCGAACGCCGAGAACAUGACGGCAACGGGGAAAUACUUCUCGUCAAAGCUGGGCAAUUAUCUGCACGCGGCCGAAUUCGCGAACCGAUAUAAGUCGACCGGCGUAGUGUCGCUGUCGUUGAACCCCGGCGCGUUGGACUCCGACCUAUGGCGGGAGCAAUAUUCUGUAGUUACGUCAUUCCUACGAGCAACUCUCCUGUAUCCAACCAUCUACGGCGCAUACACUUGCUUGUAUGCCGCGUUCUCUCCCGAUAUCACGUGCGAGAAGUCCGGCACUCAUGUGUCCCCUUGGGGCCAGAUAUGGCAAGUAUCAGCAGAUAUGAAAACGGCCGCAAAGACGCCGGGAGAAGGAGGUGAUGGCACAGCGAAAGAAUUUUGGGAAUGGAGUGAAGCGCAAGUCAACAAAUACCUCUAGAUGAUGUGCCUGCUUGUGUUCAUCUGGUCACAAAUAGGGAACAAGUAGAAUGGACGUAAUAUCGAAGUUUUUUCUUUCUUAUCUCAGUUUCCCGGGUUUUAUGUCCAAGGCGUUACUGAUGGUAUAAUAAAUAGCCUGUGAAUGCCACAGAGUCUAGGUGAGACAUGAGACGUAGUUUAACACAUCACGUAUGAUUGCUUGCCAGUAUAUUGACUCACCCCUUCACCCAGGUUCCUAGUAACACCAGGAGGCACAGCUACAGCCAAUCAAGGUAUUUGAUUGGGCAUAGCAUAUAUGUAGAUCGCAAGACUCGAUCAGUAAAAAAGACUAAGAGACUAAAGAAGAUUGUGCAUGACAUGACGGAAAUAGGCCAAUCAGGUCAACGUAAAACGACCAGAUUUAAUUAAUAAAAGAAACGAACGAACAAAAAAGCGCUGCCUCCACGCGGAAUCGAACCGCGGAUCUUGUCAUGAACUCGCAAGCUUUUGCAUACGAGUGACACGCAUUACCCCUGUGCCAUAGAGGC